AAAUCUAUGUUGAGGAGGAGGGGGAGCCUAAAAAGCUUUGAAUGCUCUCUCUCUCUCUCUCUCUCUCUCUCCUUUCAAAACUUUCAUAUAUAACGGCGCCCUCCGUACCCUCUCUCUCGAUUUAGAUCUGCCCCCUAAAAAGUAGUAGAACUUGAUCUCCUAUACCAUUUUCAUCUGCACACACAUUCCCUACCAAAAUGGGAGCUUACAGAGCAGACGACGACUACGAUUACUUGUUCAAAGUGGUCCUAAUCGGCGACUCAGGGGUCGGAAAAUCGAACCUUCUCUCUAGAUUCACUCGCAACGAGUUCAGCCUCGAGUCCAAGUCCACAAUCGGCGUCGAAUUCGCCACCCGUAGCAUCCACGUCGACGACAAGGUUGUCAAGGCCCAGAUUUGGGACACCGCCGGCCAAGAGAGAUAUCGUGCAAUCACAAGUGCAUACUAUCGAGGAGCUGUCGGCGCGUUGCUUGUUUAUGAUGUCACUCGCCAUGUCACAUUUGAAAAUGUAGAGAGAUGGUUAAAGGAGCUUCGUGAUCAUACGGAUUCCAACAUAGUCAUUAUGCUCGUCGGAAACAAGGCGGAUUUGCGUCAUUUACGAGCUGUGUCCACCGAGGAUGCCAAGGCAUUUGCUGAAAAAGAAAGCACUUUUUUCAUGGAGACCUCUGCUCUAGAGUCUAUGAAUGUCGAAAAUGCCUUCACAGAAGUACUAAGUCAGAUUUAUCGUGUUGUCAGCCGUAAGGCACUUGAUGCUGGGGAUGAUCAGGCAACUCUGCCCAAGGGACAAACCAUUAAUGUUGGCGGCAAGGAUGAUGUAUCGGCUAUCAAGAAAGUUGGAUGCUGCUCAACAUAGUCUCAAAGAAAAACAACAAUACCACUGUGCCAUAUCAUUAUCCUUCUCGCAGGAGCACCUUUUUCUAUAUCGUUGCUCAACAUGGUUGAUUAUGUUGAACUAGAAGCACAGAAUGUUGAGACAAAGAACUUUAGUUUCUACGGCUCAUGUAGGCAUGACACUCUGAACUUCCCUAGUUCCUCUUAUCUCAGUCGUUUCCUUUUCUUUUUUGCCUUGUACUAUUUUGCUACUAGCUAACCUAGGUUAGUUUAUCUUCGAUUGCUUACAACUGGGUUUUGGAAAUGUAUUACUAUAAUUUGAUUUUUGGUGCACCUAAGUGAUUGAUUAGUUGUUUUUUAUCGUCCAUGGAAAAAUGGUUGAUACA